AAUGAAUUUAAAUUAGUUUCUAGAUAAACAACUACGUCAAUAUUAGUAGAGGAUUCUAGAUUAACUUUUUACAAGGCGGGAAUUAUUUAAAUUUCCCAGCAUAGGUCACAGGAAUCGCGUAGACAUGUGCGUUAGACAGCAAAUUGGACAAGGACAACCAGGAAUAUAGAGUUUGCUCUCUGCAGGGAAUAUUAUUUUCAUUGAUAAUCCGAUUGUAGUCGUGAUAAGUUCAAUUAAAUUGAAAGAAUAGUUUCAGUCAUAGUUGAACGUAAGUGCUGAAGUUAUAUCAUCAAGUAAAUUAAAUUAAUUCAAUAUAUAAAAUGGGAGACGUAGAAAAAGGCAAAAAAGUUUUCAAACAACGUUGCGAACAGUGCCAUACGCUAGAAGCUGGUGGUAAACACAAAACAGGGCCUAAUCUACACGGAUUAAUCGGAAGAAAAACUGGACAAGCACCUGGUUUUGCAUACACAGAUGCAAAUAAAUCAAAAGGUAUAACAUGGAACGACGAUACCUUGUUCAUAUACCUAGAAAAUCCAAAGAAAUAUAUCCCUGGUACGAAAAUGGUGUUUGCUGGUUUAAAGAAAGAAGGUGAACGAAAAGACCUCAUCGCCUACCUCAAAGUAGCAACUAAAUAAAAUAAUUAUUCCGACAUAUCAUAAGUAUAAGAGUGAAAGUUUGGUUUUGCAUGAAUUAAACAGCAUCAUUUACAAAAAGCUCUUCAACAUUCUUCAUAGUAAAAUACAAAUAGAUUGACUAUAUAUUGUUACAAUUAUGAUGAAUGUUGUUAAAAAAGUUUUAAUAAUUUAUUUGCCAAAUUUUGAAAUUCCCUUAGAAUUAUUUGUAGAUGUUCUACUUGUGAAAGUUCUAUAUAACUAUUCAGGGUGUAAAUUAUUCUAUGCCAAAAACUACUGGGUAUAUAUUCUGAAAUAAUAUGAGUAUGUUCUCGAAUUUUUGCAAAUCCUGAAUAAUUUUUUUGACAAAAAUGUUGUUUACUUACAACCUUACAACUCUAUUUUCUAUUUAAUUCAUACAAAGACAAGAAAAAUGUUUCUGAUGAUAGUGUUCCAUUCGUCUAGUACCACUUUUAUUGUACCUAUGUCAAUGUGAGUCAAAUGACAUAGUAUUUUAACUAAUUAGACAAUUUUUUAAAUUAUUUUAAUAUAAGUUCGGAUCUACCAGAAGUUGUGUAAAUAUUGUCAUAUGCUUAGAAAGUUGCGUUGCGUAUUAGAAAAAAAAUUGUUUUUUGCUCAAUGUUUUGUUUAAAGAACUGAUAAACUAGAAAACAUUUAAUUUGAUUUGAAUGCAAUUUGAAAAGUAGUUAAGAUAGUAGCUAUAAAAGCGCUUGGUUAUAAGCAUACCGAAAAUGUUGUAAAUAUAGGACAUCGUUAUUUUCGUUGUUAUAUUAAAUUAUUUAUUGAACAA